CCGGACCGGAAGCCGCUGUGCGUGGUGCUCACUUCCCCAGCCCAGCGACCCCGGCCCCGCCCCGGUUGCCCCAGCGACGAGGGGUCGCUGUGCGGCGGCUGGAUCAUGGCGUCUGUGGGGACGACUCCCGGGGGGACGGCCCCCGCGGGGAUGACUCCGGCGGGAACCACGCCCGAGUCCGAGAAAGAUACUGAAUUCCAGGAGCAUGAAAAGAUUCUGUGUCCAGAUUUUCUUUCAGUUGCCCAGAUCACCGAAAUGCUAGUAGAGGAUGUAGAUGGAGUUCAACAGAAACUGGAAAAGUUUUUGAAUUUCAGAAGUCUUCAAACUUGUUUAAAGGAAGCCAGUCUACUAGAUUAUUAUGUAUCUGGAUUUUUGUGGGCAAGAGGAAUGGACUUUUCUAUUACUCAAUAUUCAAAAUUUAUGACUUUACUGGAUAUGUUACUUCAUAAUCUUAGAACACUGCAUAUGUCCUUAGAAGACAGCAUAAAAUGGCUCAGAGAAGUUAUGGCUGAAAUAGGACCAUCCCAUUCACAAAAAAAUGAGGAAUGGAAUAUCUUUGAUGUAAAACAAGCCAAUGCUAUUGUUGAUUACUUGAAAAUCAGCUUAUUUCAACACUACAAGCUAUAUGAGUUUCUGUUCUUCUCUGCCAGGGAAGAAAUUGUGAUAGGAACUGAGGGGUUGAAUCAAGAACAAGGCCCUGAAGAGUCCCAGCCAGAAGUGGACACUUCAGAGACUGAUCCAUUAGUUGGUUUCACCAUUGAAGAUAUAAAAUUGGUGCUGGGUCAAGUCACAGAUGACAUUUUAAUCAGCAUUCAGACCAAGAUAAACGAAAAGCUGCAAAUACAGGAAGAGGCCUUUAAUGCACGAAUAGAAAAAUUGAAAAAGGCCUGAGGGCUCCAAACAAGGAGAGUGAUGCUAAACUUCACAGAAACAAACAAAACCAGCCAGAAUAAUAGACUCUCUAGAGCACCAGAUCGCCUUCAUUUAGCUGGGAGAGGAAAACCAAGCCCCAAUUUUUAUUAUCCUAACUAAUUAGAAAAGUAUUGGCCCCAAUUUUGCUACCGCCUGUCCCAUAACAGCCUCUGAAUUUAUUACACUGUGUGUAAUAAGAAUAUUUUGUAUAUAAGAGUUUGGAGAAUUAUAUAUAAAAAUACAAUUACUUUUACAAUACUCCUUUGACAUUUUGACUAGUAAAUGUUAAUCAUCUUCAAGGCGAAUGAAGUCAACUUUUUAAAAUAAAGAAAAAAAAUAAUAAUUUUAUCCAUACUGACCCAAAUGAACUGCCACAUUGCUGAAGCUUUGUGAACAUAGACCACCACCGCACUGCUGAGGAUAAAACUUGCUAAACAACAGCAAUUCAAAUGCAUAUACUAGGGGCUUUUUUCCUCCUUAAAUCAGUUGGUUUUCUUACUUAAAUGUUUCAGUGUGAAACCAAUUUUCUGAAAUUAUAUAAUGCAGUUUGAAGCAUUUUAAUUUAUUCUGUACUGUAUUUGUUAUUUCUAAUCUUGUUACUCUCCCAGGAGAAUACAUGACCUAUAUAAAAAGAAGCAAUGUAUAAAUGGUUAUUAAAGACCAACCUAUAUAUAGAUUGUAAAAAUCUUAAAUACAAAUCAAACUCACAGAGCUCUUAAAAUUAACCAUUAUAUUGCAGUAGAAUGAUUGAAAACAUCUCAAGCCUUUAAAUACCUUUAUUAAAAUAUAAUUUCAAAAGAAAAUAUCCAUUUGCUGACUGAUUGUCCCUAGUUGGACAAACUAAAUUAACUACUACCUCGGCCCUUUCCCAAUAUCUGAGACUCCCGAGUAUUCUAGAGUGUAGAGCCUUGCUAGGAGGGGACCAUUCCUCCAAGAAGUUUCCAGUUUAUACUGGAACCAGAUGUACUUGCAUCUGGGUGGCACUUGGUCGAAUAUGUUCUGUCCGUGCUUUGGCCUUGUGCUAUAACCUUACCUGCUUACUCUAUUUGUACCAAAGGGAUUUGCCCGAAAUGUAUUCAUCUGGGGCUGAGACAGAUCUGGCAGCAUUUGAUAUUUUUUUAACUACACUGAUCAUCAAAAUAAGAGAAGUCCUUAAGAUGAAACCGUGUUUACUGUUCAUGAAGUUCCAAGUCUGGAAGGCCGGGAGAUGUGCCGAGAUGUUUCUUCCUUGAGCUGUCCUUCCUAACUGAAAAUGCUGAUGGCCAUAGGAGAUCACUAGGAGGGCUCACAAGUCUUGAUUUCGCCAAGCAGUCUUUUUCCAGAGAAAAUAGAGGUGAAACUAGAGAAACCACAAAUGGGGAAUAAAGGAGCUUCUUGAAAUCACCAACUUCAAAUGCAAUCGUUGGCACAGAGUGGACCUCCGUUUCUAAUAAAGAGUUCUUAUUUUGAGCAAGGGUAGCAAGAUUUCAAAACUGAAUAAAAAAUAGCAGUAAGAUCCCUAAAAACUACACAAAGACAAUAUCCUAUAAGCAUGCCGAAAGCCUGCCUCUGGAGUAAGACUCCCAAGGUGUGAUGGUAGGGUAGCUUCACCUGACUUUUGUGUGACUUUGGAUAGGCUGUUCACCCUCUAAUUGCUCAUCUAUUAAUUGAGGAUAAUACUUAUGUUUGAGGUAGUUAUAAGAACUCAAUAAAUUCGUUUUAAAGGAUGUUUGUUCUAAAGUUUGGUUUCUGUUUACCUCCUAGGAUAACCCAAAAACCACUGCCCAGCCCUAAUACCCACUGUCCAGUUAUUGGAUCAGCCUCUUU